AUGCACAAAUUGAUGAUGAACCUACCUGAGGAAGUCAUCGUCCAGGUCAAAGAUGCAAAGGAGGAAGGUGAGUCUGGCCCCAUUCGAUUGGCGUUAACCACUUUGAAGGAGUUCCUCGACAGACCAGAGAAUUCUGCCUUUGAAAAUGAUGCAGACUUGACUGAGAAGAAGGUCAAAAAGUUUGGCAAGCUCGUCAAGGGAUACGGUGACGCACUUCAGGUGGCAAUCCAAGGGUUCUAUGAAGCGUGCGAAGAGCUUGAAGGUAGAAUGGAAGAAGAGCAGGACGACGCCGACAAGGCGGAUGGCUCAAGCACUACAAGUGAAGAAUCUGAUGAUGGGGUUGAGAAACCAGAGCCUGAUGCCAAUGGCAGCAUAGUACCAUAUGCGGACAGGAAAGUCCGCCGACAGGUCCGAAAUUUCUCUAGCCCACAUGGUUGGAAGCUGCUGGAAAGUGUUGAGAAUCUUGGUCUUGUGAAGAACAACGUUCGAAUGAUGCCUUCGUCCCGGGUUGACACUUCGUGGGCUUCGCAGCACACAGGACAGCACCCGGGGCCCGGGGGCGCCAUCAUUUUUGACGGCUUCAAUGCGAAGAUCCCUGAGAAGCCGUUGGAGGACUUCAAGGCGUUCUUUGGACAGGCAAACGCUUUGCAAGCACAGUCAAACCUGCAGAAUGGUGGGGACACAGGACCUGCAAGGCACAAAAUUUCAACCCAUGCUGCCACUUUCACCAGCGUUCUCGAAACAGGGGAUUGGACAUGCCCAGAUGAACGUCGUUUGCGACAGAGUUUUUGGUUGGGGACAGAGUGGGCGAUCCAGCAAGAAGACUUCUUGCAAACCCUUCCAGAAGACUUGGCUAGCUUUGACUCCAAAAAGUUCUUCUGCCACCGGUACAGUGCUGUCAAACCUUUGUUUCAGUGCGUAGGAGUGUCUCCACUGAUGAUGUCACGGUUCAUGGCAAACUACGAGGGUGUUCACUUUGUUGCCGGCGUCGGUCUUUGUGAACUCGCUCGAGGGAUCCAGGAACACCCCACUUUGAAAGACAAGGCCGCGACUUUCCUAGGACUCUGUGAAGCCAUGGUCUUGCUCACCAAGGAAGAAUUGUGGGGCAUGGGUGGGUUUGCAGUGACUUUGCAGCCGAAGCAAGUUUUGGAGAUUCCAGCAGGUUUCGUAACUGCGCAGACGUCCUUGUCUACAACAAGCAUCUUUAUGCACUGGACGGCACAACGGCCUGAAGCCAACUUCCUGAAAUGGGGACACCAAGUCGACAAAGCAAUUGAACUCCUGAAAGCAGAUUUGGCCGUAGUGGAUGAUCCCGAACUUCACCCGGCCAAGAACUACCUCAACAACACAAUCUCCCAGCUACGGGCGGCCCCAUUUGUCUUGUUGUGGGCGGAGAAGUUGCUGUCUCAGUUUGAAGAUUGGGGCAAGAAGAUUGGUCUCCCUCAUGACGCCGGUCUCGGCCUAGAAUCUUUGGAUGGCUUGCUUGAGAAAUACCACUGCAAGACGCGGAAGAACACCUUCAAGUCAACAGUUCAGAACUGCCAGAAGAUCAUAGAGGAGAAGGGUGGCAAAAGCCAGCAUUGGCCGUUGGAAAAGUUGGUAGAUGAGACGUGGGAUGCUUCUUUGAAGCACGACAUGUGCAGUUUGCUUGCCCCUGCCAUCAUAGAUGCAGAAGACUCGGACUCGGAGGAAGAGAAAGCUAAGAAGAAACAGUCGGGAGAAGACUCGUUCGUUUUGGGCGUCGAUCUGGAGUGUGCGCAAGAUCUUCUGCGUGCCUUCAUGAAUAUGCCCUACACACCUGCCGCAGCCGCAGCCAAAGCAUGUCCAACUGAGCAAAAGGCAGAUGCUCCUGCUCCUGCCCCUGCUCCAGACUUGUGCAAAGUCAAUGCAGCGCUUGAGGGUAAGGCUGAGGACAUUCCUGGGGCAGCAGAUGCAGCAGAUGAGGCCCCGGCCCCAGCAGAAGCAGAAGAUGCUGCUUUUGGUCCAUCAUCGUGCAAACUUGAGGCUCCAGGAUGUCUUUCUUCCCCAACGCCAUGCAGAAGCUUAAAACUUGAACCAAAGGAAUCGGAAAGGCCGAAGUUGAACCCAGCCGCGGCCGCGGCAGUUUCAAGUGAUCUCAUUGUCAUUGACAGCGGGUCAGACGCAGAUGGCGCAGAGGAUGAAAAGGAGAUUGAACCAAAGGAGGGCAUGGAACCAAAGGGGCAGGGAAAGGCAGCAGAGGCAGAGGCAGCAGAGGACUUGGACUUUGACUGUGAGUAUUUCACGAGGUUCAAGACGGAUGAUCUCAUCAGGCUGAGUGACUAUGUCAAAGCAGGCCCUCACUUCCAGCGCUUUGUUGCAUGGAUGAUUGCUGAGCACGCAGUUGAAGAUUCUUUUGCCGAGGAAUGGGGCAUGCCUGGUUCAGAUACCGCCAUGGAGUUGGAGGAUUUCUCAACUUUUGCGAAAGCAGUCAAGCUCCAGUGGGAUCCUUGCGAAGCACUUUCGUCUUCCAGUGCUCAGCCCAUUGCUGCAGAGAAGCAGAGAAAUGUUGCUUUGGAAACUUUGAGAUCGCAGAUUCAGAACUCCAAGCAGCGCAGCGCGGAUGACUUUCCAAGUGAUGGCAAUGGCAAAGACAAGAAAGAGCGACAUGGGCAGCAGGAUUUGACUGAGGAGUUGGUUCGGCAGGCAGCAGAACAGGCAGCCAAAGAGAAGAAAGGACCGGUGCUCAAGGACGACGAUCAUGGUAGCGGCUCGGAGGACGGGCAUGGCAGUGGCGCUGCAGAGGCAGUGGCAGACACAGAAGAGGACGACUAUGAGAACGGAGGUGAUUCUCCACCCCAGCAUGGUCGUGGUCGGGGUGGCCGGGGCCGGGGUGGCCGUCGUGGUCGUGGUCGCCAGCCCCAGGCCCCAAAAGCUGACAAGGUCAAAAAGCCAAAGAAAAAAUCGUCCUAG